ACAUAACACUCACGUAUUGGAAGUGCGACGGUAGACCAAAAAAUUCCUACCAACAAUAAAACGUACAAACAUCGAUUUUCCUGCAAUGAUAUCGAGAGAUGAACAAAUUGUUUUUUUUUUCAAUUUAAAAGCCCAAAUAAUGCAGAAAUGCUGAUGGUACUAUAAUCUGAAAAUGCAAAUAAAUUUUAUUUACAGGCUUAUCGUCCAUCAGAAUAAUUGGCAAAAGAGCAAUCGGAACUAUUAAAACUGUCAACGACUUCCAAUACAAGGCUAAAAACCGCUUUAGCCAAUGCCAAAAGGAUGUUAUGUGAUCAAUGAAUCCCAAGAACAGCUUCGGACACCAAUCAAGUAUACAUGGAAUACAUAGCAACUCCCACGAGUGAAAAAUCCAAAAUAUUCGCAAAAAUCCACAAAUUCUAAAUCAAAACAAAAAGUAUUAAACUAACUUGUGCAGAAUAUAUUCACAUACCUACGAUGUGGCACCACGGGACAUAGAUUCCUCCUCCAUAGCUACGUUUUAUUUCAUUUCAUUUUUAUUCCAAUGUUUUGACACAUUUCGCAAAUAAGAUGUUAAUAAAGUUUCAAUCUUGUCAAGACAUUUGACAUAAAUCGGAUUCAUUUUGAUGGCUAUGGGCUACUACGUAUUCUGGCUUGAUCAUUUUUCAAGCGACAAUCUUUCUGGAGAGAAUUCUUGAUUAAUGAAAUUGAUUAUUUUUAUCAUCGUUUUAAGGAGGCGAAAAAAAUCGACGAUAUUCUAUUAGAACAAUGAGAACAAAAAUGCAUUCAAUAUGGGUGGUGUUAUCGACUGAAUUGAUCAAAAACAGCACGCAAAUUUUCAUAAGUUGUCAAUCCGUAGCACGGAUUCGUUGUGCAUCUUUACAAUGCAAAUAUUGUUAUACACUUUGCGUGCAGCAGUGGCUGUAUUCGUUUUUAAUUAGGAUGAUCGUUCGAAAUUACAGUCUUGUUUUAUGUGUCAAGGUUUAAUUGAUUCGAAACUAUAUAAGCAUCGACCAGAUAAAAUUAUCAAAUCAGUUGCAAUUUGAUUUCUAGUGAGAACACUGUUAUAUAGACCAAAACGAAAACGAUGACUUCGAGUGAAAAAAAAUUACGUGUGUGUUUGCUGCAGUUUGCAGCGCAAGAGAAUGUGGCCAAAUCUAUGAUUCAUUUGGAAGAGUUGGUUGAAAAAGCCGUUAGUCAACAUCAACCCCAUAUCAUUGCAUUGCCCGAAUGCUUUGCCACCGAGUAUAAUUGCGAGGUUUCGUUCCUCGAAAGUGUAGCAGAAACAAUUAAGGAUGGUCAAAUCUGUCGCACCUUAUCCACAUUGUCCAAAAAGUUUGGCGUUUACAUAGUGGGUGGUUCAAUUGCUGAACGAGAUGGUGACAAAUUUUACAAUACAGCAACAGUUUGGAAUCGGAACGGGGAAUUGAUUGCACGUCACCGAAAAGUCCAUCUAUGUGACAUCCAUUAUGAGAACGGUGUCGACAUUGUUGAAGUGAAUCGAUUUUCGCCUGGAAACGAUAUGACCACAUUUGAAGUAAAUGGGAUUAAGUGCGGUGUUGCUAUUUGUUACGAUGGCUUUUUUGAAGAGUUCAUCAAAAUGUAUACGAAAGCUGGCUGUGAGGUGUUAUUUGUCCCGGCUGCUUAUGAGCGUAUUUCAGUUGGACCAAGGAGUUGGGAAAUUGUUCAUCGUGCUCGUGCAAGUGGAAAUCAAUUUUAUGUCGCUGCCAUAUCCCCCGCACGCGAUGAAAAACAUAAAUAUGUCAAUUACGGUUAUUCUAUGGUCGUUGAUCCGGACGGAAAUAUUCAGGCCAAAGCGGGAAUUGCUGAAGAAAUUCUCUUCUACGAAAUGGACCUAAAUAUUGUUCACAAUUUCCGCAAGGAGCUUCCAUUGUUUGCAUCAAGGAGAUUGGAUGUUUACAAUAAAAUGGAAUUACGAGUGUGUUUGCUGCAGUUUGCUUCGCAAGAAAAUGUAGCCAAGUCUAUGAUCCAUUUGAAAGAAAUGGUUGAGAGAGCUGUUAAUCAACAUCAACCCCAUGUAAUUGCAUUGUCUGAAAACUUUGCCACUGAGUGCAUUACUGACGUUCCAUUCCUCGAAAGUGUAGCAGAAACCAUUGAGGAUGGCCAAAUCUGUCGCACUUUCUCCACAUUGUCCAAAAAGUUUGGCGUUUACAUAGUGGGUGGUUCAAUUGUUGAACGAGACGGUGACAAAAUGUACAAUACAUCGACUGUUUGGAAUCCAAACGGUGAACUGAUUGCACGUCAUCGAAAGGUCCAUUUGUGUGACAUUCAUUAUGAGAACGGAGUCGACAUUGUUGAAGUGAAUCGAUUUUCGCCCGGGAACGAUAUGACCACAUUUGAAGUGAAUGGAAUUAAGUGCGGUGUUGCAAUUUGUUACGAUGGCUUUUUUGAAGAGUUCAUCAAAAUGUAUGCGAAAGCUGGCUGUGAGGUGUUAUUUAUCCCAGCGGCUUAUGAGCGUAUUUCAAUUGGACCAAGAAGUUGGGAAAUUGUUCAUCGUGCUCGCGCAAGUGAAAAUCAAUUUUAUGUGGCUGCCAUAUCCUCCGCACGUGAUGAGAAACACAAUUAUGUGAUUUAUGGCCAUUCUAUGGUUGUCGAUCCAAAUGGGGAUAUUCAGGCCAAAGCAGGAAUUGCUGAAGAAAUUCUCUUCUAUGAAAUGGACUUGAAUGUUGUUCACACAGUUCGUAAGGAGCUUCCACUGUUUGCAUCAAGGAGAUUGGACGUUUACAAAAAACAAGAUUGAUUGUUCUUUUUAUCGCUUCAAUUGAAUGAGUUUUGAUAUGAUAAUGUGUUUUGGUAAACAAUUCACAAUUUCUCUGAUAAAGAAUUUUAAUAAAAAAUACAUAAUCGCACUCAAAAAA